AUGAGGCUAACCAAACCUACUUUAUUCACUAAUAUUCCGGUGACUUGUGAAGAAAGAGAUUUGCCAGGUAAUCUAUUUAACCAGCUCAUGAAAGAUGAUCCUUCUACUGUAAAAGGAGCAGAAAUAUUGAUGCUAGGAGAAAUGCUGACUUUGCCUCAGAAUUUUGGGAAUAUAUUUUUGGGAGAGACGUUUUCCAGUUACAUUAGUGUACACAAUGAUAGUAAUCAAGUUGUCAAGGAUAUACUGGUGAAGGCUGAUCUUCAGACAAGUUCUCAGCGCUUGAACCUUUCAGCCUCUAGUGCUGCAGUGGCAGAACUUAAACCUGACUGCUGCAUUGAUGAUGUGAUCCAUCAUGAAGUAAAGGAGAUUGGCACGCAUAUCUUAGUUUGUGCAGUAAGUUACACUACACAGACGGGAGAGAAGAUGUAUUUCAGAAAGUUCUUCAAAUUCCAGGUUCUUAAACCACUAGAUGUGAAAACCAAGUUCUACAAUGCUGAGACAGAUGAAGUGUUUCUGGAAGCUCAAAUUCAGAAUAUCACCACCUCUCCAAUGUUUAUGGAGAAGGUUUCUUUAGAGCCAUCUAUGAUGUACAGUGUUGCAGAACUGAACACAGUUGACACAGCAGGUGAAAGUGAGUCUACUUUUGGCUCAAGGAAUUACUUACAACCUAUGGAUACACGUCAAUAUUUGUACUGCCUAAAACCAAAGAAAGAAUUUGCAGAGAAAGCUGGAGUAAUAAAAGGUGUAACAGUGAUUGGUAAACUAGACAUUGUAUGGAAAACUAACCUGGGUGAACGAGGAAGGCUGCAAACUAGCCAGCUCCAAAGAAUGGCUCCUGGUUAUGGCGACGUAAGGCUUUCUUUGGAGACAAUACCAGACACCGUAAACUUGGAAGAACCUUUUGACAUCACAUGUAAAAUAACAAAUUGCAGCAGUGAAAGGACUAUGGAUCUGGUUUUAGAGAUGUGCAAUACUAAUUCCAUCCAUUGGUGUGGAGUUUCAGGAAGGCAACUUGGAAAGUUGCACCCAAGCUCAUCCCUCCAUCUUGCACUUACAUUGAUGUCUUCAGUUCAGGGUUUGCAGAGUGUCUCUGGUUUAAGACUUACAGACACGUUUUUGAAGAGAACAUAUGAAUAUGAUGAUAUUGCACAAGUCUGUGUAGUUUCUUCAGAAGUGAAACAAAGCUGAAGAAAAACCUAUGUAUUUCUGCUGGGCUUUUUUUUUUUUUUUUGGACCAACUUAUUGAUGUCUUUGCAGCUGAAUCAUAUUAAAAUGUGUACAAACAAAACCAAAUCCCUAUAUAUCUACACAAACAAGUACGCUUAUUUAAAUUCUCUGUGCAUUGUUUGAAUGUUUUAAUAUGUUUUAAAAACAUGCAUAUGCAUUUUACUAGAAAUAAAGCC